AUGAACAAUUUCAUUUUGUUUCGAUGUGGUUUGAUAACUUGCUGUCUACCCUGUGUCACCUUUGGGCAAAUUGCAGAAAUUGUGGAUGAAGGGAAGAGUUCAUGCGCUUCACAAGGGUGUGUAUAUGGGUUACUGAUGAUUGUUUCAUGCCACUGGAUCUAUUCAUGUGUUUAUAGAGAGAAACUGAGAAAAAAGUAUGGGUUAGAAUCUGAACCUUGCUGUGAUUGCUGCGUUCAUUUUUGCUGUGAUCCAUGCGCCUUAUGCCAAGAACAUCAAGAGCUCAAAUUAAGAGGCCAUGACCCUUCCAAAGGUACCUCUCUAUCUAUAUGUAUAACAAUCGUCAUCGUCCUCGUCAUCGUCAUCAUCUCUUACAUUGCAACUCUACUAGUUAGUUGA